GAGAGGGAGACUGACUACAGCUAAACAAGAAGCACAGCAGCACAGCAUUAGCAGCAGCAGUAGUAGCAGGAGCAGCUGGUAUUCGGGUGAUUAAAUAGUUCUCAUAGCCUUUUUGCUGUACUCUGACUGCUCCCUGGUGUAAUUCCCAUGUCCAAGGAGGAAGCUGCAUUUUAACGGUGUGCUGAACAGAGGUUUGAAUCAUUCCAGCUGGCUGCUUGUUUUGAAAAGGACAGUGUGUGUCUAAAUAAAAUGUGACUGUGCUGGAAGAGUUCAGUUACUAGGGGCUGGAGCAACCAGAGUCUUCCUGGGAUACUGUUCGGGCAGCUGGUAUGAAUUGAAAACUCUUUCCUAGUUUACCUGGAGCCAAGUGAAGAGAUUUGUAUAGUGGAUGUCUCAUUCCCUUAUGCUAGACAAACUCAAGUGAAAGGACUAGAGGAAUUUCUUCUUUAGUUUAUAAUUCCAGUAUGUAAGAGACUCAACAGGACAAAAAAAAGGGAAAAAAAUAUGAACAUGUAACUCCAAUAAUGUAUGCUAUCCAUCUGGGAUACAAAUUGGACUAAAAAAGCUGAUAAUGUUAAGAGUCUUCUCCAUUGAUUAUUGGGAACUGCUGUAUUCAGAGAAAAUCUCUUCCAGUUUAGAGUUCCAGACACUUUGACUUCCAGCUGUAACAAUUUCAUAACCUCCCCAACGCCUUCAUAAAUGCAUUGAAAUGGUCACAUGAACAUGUGGAGAGUGGAACUUGCACCAUCUUGUAUCUCUCUAAUUAUGGCACUUUAGGAGGAGAAAGCCAAAACUAAAAGAAAGGUGAAAGUAUUGCAAAAAAUGAAUCUUACUGUGAAACUUCGUAGAAGUUUCAGAACACUGAUCAUUCUCUUAGCCACCUUCUGUUUAGUAAGCAUAGUCAUUUCUGCCUAUUACUUAUAUACAGGCUACAAACAGGAAAUGGCCAUUGUUGAAGCCACUGGAGAAGCAAAAUGUGAGGACCUUAAACUUUUACCAUACAGGUCCAUGGAACUGAAAACUGCCAGACCAAUUGAUCCAUCUAAGACUGAUCCCACUGUCCUCCUGUUCGUUGAAAGCCAGUACUCCCAGCUUGGACAAGAUAUUAUAGCCAUCCUUGAGUCUAGUAGAUUCCAGUACCAAAUGGUGAUUGCACCUGCAAAAGGUGAUAUUCCUCCUCUUACAGACAAUGGCAAAGGGAAAUAUACACUUGUUAUAUAUGAAAAUAUUUUAAAAUAUGUGUCUAUGGACUCAUGGAAUAGAGAGCUUCUGGAAAAAUACUGUGUGGAAUACAGUGUUAGCAUAAUUGGUUUUCAUAAAGCCAAUGAGAACAGCUCCCCAAGUACUAAACUAAAAGGAUUUCCUUUACACCUCUACAAUAAUGUACCCCUCAAAAACUGUUUUGUAAACCCACAGUCUCCUCUAUUGCACAUUACCAAAGCAUCCAGGGUUGAGAUGGGCCAACUGCCUGGGGAAGACUGGACAGUUUUCCAGUUUAAUCAUUCCACCUACCAACCCGUGCUUUUAACAGAAUUACAGACUUCCAGGCCUCUCCCUGCAUCAUUGCCUAAGACUGCCCUGUAUGCUACAGUAAUUCAAGAUCUGGGGCUUCAUGAUGGGAUUCAGAGAGUCCUUUUUGGAAAUAACUUGACCUUUUGGCUGCACAAGCUGAUCUUUAUAGAUGCCAUUUCUUUCCUAUCUGGGAAGAAGCUAACAUUGUCUUUGGAUAGAUACAUUCUUGUCGACAUAGAUGACAUCUUUGUUGGAAAGGAAGGAACAAGAAUGAAUAUCAAUGAUGUGAAGGCAUUACUAGAGACUCAAAAUUUACUGCGCACUCAGGUUGCAAAUUUUACCUUCAACCUUGGAUUUUCAGGAAAGUUUUACCACACAGGAACGGAAGAGGAAGAUGAAGGUGAUGACCUGUUAUUGAGAUCUGUGGAUGAGUUCUGGUGGUUUCCUCAUAUGUGGAGUCACAUGCAGCCUCAUCUGUUCCAUAAUGAGUCUUCACUAGUGGAGCAGAUGAUUCUCAACAAGGAAUUUGCACUAGAGCAUGGUAUUCCAACUGGUAUGGGCUAUGCGGUGGCUCCGCACCAUUCUGGGGUCUACCCAGUACAUGUUCAGCUCUAUGAGGCCUGGAAGAAGGUCUGGAGUAUCAAGGUCACCAGCACAGAAGAGUAUCCCCAUCUGAAACCUGCACGACACAGACGGGGCUUCAUCCAUAAUGGCAUCAUGGUGCUCCCUAGGCAAACCUGUGGCCUUUUCACGCACACAAUUUUCUACAAGGAAUAUCCUGGAGGUCCUCUAGAACUGGACAAAAGUAUCCAAGGAGGGGAACUCUUCCUCACCAUUCUCCUGAAUCCUAUCAGCAUCUUCAUGACACAUUUGUCCAACUAUGGGAAUGACCGCCUAGGGUUAUACACCUUUGUGAAUCUGGCCAACUUUGUUAAAAGUUGGACUAACUUAAAACUACAGACUCUACCUCCAGUUCAGCUGGCUCACAAAUACUUUGAACUCUUUCCUGAACAAAAGGACCCUCUCUGGCAGAAUCCAUGUGAUGAUAAGCGACACAGGGAUAUCUGGUCAAGAGAUAAAACUUGUGACCAUCUACCAAAAUUUCUUGUGAUAGGACCCCAGAAAACUGGAACAACAGCACUUUAUUUAUUUCUUCUCAUGCAUCCUUCCAUCAUCAGUAAUCUCCCUAGUCCAAAAACGUUUGAAGAAGUUCAGUUCUUUAAUGGAAACAACUACCACAAGGGAAUUGACUGGUAUAUGGGUUUCUUUCCCAGCCCUUCCAAUGUUACAACUGACUUCUUGUUUGAGAAAAGUGCCAACUAUUUCCAUUCAGAGGAAGCUCCCAAACGAGCAGCUUCCUUGAUCCCUAAGGCCAAAUUCAUCACUAUUCUCAUUGACCCAUCUGAUCGGGCAUAUUCCUGGUAUCAGCAUCAACGAUUUCAUGAGGAUCCCACUGCUCUGAAGUUCAAUUUUUAUGAAGUCAUUACCUCAGACCAUUGGGCUCCCUCAGAAUUGAGAACUCUCCAGAAGAGAUGUUUGACCCCUGGAUGGUAUGCUACUCAUAUAGAAAGAUGGCUAACUCACUUUGCCACUUCACAGUUGCUAAUUAUCGAUGGACAGCAGCUAAGAAGUGAUCCAGCUACUGUGAUGGAUGAAGUACAGAAAUUUCUGGGAGUCUUACCUCAUUAUAAUUACUCUGAAGCUCUAACGUUUGACCCUCAGAAAGGCUUUUGGUGUCAGCUACUAGAAGGAGGGAAGACAAAAUGCCUGGGAAAGAGCAAAGGCCGAAAAUACCCACCAAUGGAUCAAGAGUCUCGAGCUUUUCUUUCAAGCUACUACAGAGAUCACAAUGUGGAACUGUCCAAACUACUGCAUAGACUGGGACAACCUCUGCCAUCAUGGCUCAGACAGGAACUACAGAAAGUGAGAUAGCACUGAAGUUCAGAGGACCAAAGGCUCUAAUGACAUUUGUCUUCACCAUAAACCCCUUUGCUUUCCCCAACUUACAUGUGAUCAUCACUGGAGGGCUUCGUAAAUAACUCUUUCUCAAAAAAACCCACAAAAACCCACAAUGAAUAAAAAGAAAAAAAGAAAACUGUUAUAUAUGCACGUGCUGGCAGUUCUUCUCAUCAAUCCCUUUGUCAGCUUCCAGGAAACAAUAUGGAGCUAUGUGGCAUUAUUCUUUAUCCAGACUGGGACUCUCACAUAGUUUAGUCCCUCUGUUUACCAGAAAGAUCCACAAACUGUAUGUAUGAUUGAUAGUCUUCACCGUAUAUGACAAAUUACAGUCUGUCAGGACACAAGCAAAGGACGGGAACAUCUCUCAGUGGAUUGUGAGUGCAUCCCUUUAAUGCAACUGCUAAGGUGUGGACCUGUCUAUGGAUUCGAUCCCCCAUCAGUAGUGUAUCUAGCAAAAAUAAAUAAGGACUUCCGAACAACACAAACUCUUAUAUGUUAAAUGUUCUACCAACAGGAUAACUUUUAUAAGACAUAAACAGCAUCAUUUGGAAGUAUUUGAAAAAGAUAAACUUAUUCAUAGAUCUGAGACAUGGGGAAAGGAUUAUCUGCCUUGCGGACAGGGUUCCUCCUCCCCAUUUUUCCCCUUAUCUGACUAGAGCCAAUCUAGUUUAGUGCUGGGUAUAUAUUUGGUGUUCGAGGAAAAAAAGAAAAAUCAACUUUGAUCAUUCAGAAUAUUUUUGUUUGUUGGGGGAGAGGGACAAAAGCUGUAUUUGCUAAAACUGUUUUCAAUAAUUGAUGUGUAUACACCUUAUUAUUGUUUCUUCUCACUUCUACAGAAUAAACAUUUCUGCUGGUAAA